AUUGACAUUUCCGGCAACCCGGUUUUUCCCUAAAAGAUAGUCAGAUAAACAAAACUGGGGUGGGACCCCAUAACCUUUUUCACCUCUUUGAAGAUAAUGGGACAGCGAAAUUGAACGUGUAACGUGUUAUCCCUUUUCAACAAGGGGUAUAUCCCUUUCCUCUUCCUCAUCUUCUUAUUCUUCUUCAGAACAAAAACAAAACAAUCAGACUCUGUCCCUCUCAAAGUCUCAACAUUUUCCAUCUGAACCGAUUUUACUGAUUAUGCUGGUAGCUUCCUGACUGGAUUUGUUGUAAGUGUAGGAUUUUUGAAUGAUUGGUGGCUUGUAACACAUAUUUACAGUAUGAGUAACCGAGUACCUGGCUCCGGGAGGCCUUCUGGAGGUAAUAUGAGGAAAUUGAAAGAACUAAUGCAUCAAAGUGAUAACCGCACUUGUGCAGACUGUGGUGCUCCAGAUCCUAAGUGGGCGUCAGCAAAUAUUGGAGUAUUUCUAUGCUUGAAAUGCUGUGGUGUGCACCGAAGUCUUGGUACUCAUAUUUCAAAGGUCUUAUCAGUCACCUUAGAUGAUUGGUCUGAUGAAGAAAUUGAGUCCAUGAUUGAGGUUGGUGGAAAUUCUUCUGCUAAUUCCAUCUACGAGGCUUUUAUACCUGAUGGAAUCACAAAGCCUGGAGCAGAUUCAAGUCAUGAACAACGUUCCAAGUUCAUCAGGUCAAAGUAUGAACUUCAGGAAUUUCUGAAACCUAGCUUGCGGAUAGUUUCACUGAAUACUGGAAGGAGCUCUCUUCAAACUAGUAUCUCCAGAAAGAUUAUGGACACCUUCCGAAGUACAUCGGAUACAUCAAGGAAUCACCAGGAAGGCAUGGUUGAAUUUAUUGGAUUACUAAAAAUCAAAGUGCUAAAAGGCACAAACUUAGCGAUUAGAGAUAUGUUAUCAAGUGAUCCAUACGUAGUUCUGCAGCUUGGACAGCAGAAGGUCCAGACGAAAGUAGUAACGAGCAACUUGAAUCCUGUUUGGGAUGAGGAGCUUAUGCUUUCAGUUCCGCAGCAAUUUGGAGCCAUAAAAUUGCAAGUGUUUGAUUACGAUACAUUCUCGGCUGAUGACAUCAUGGGGGAAGCCGAAAUUGACCUCCAGCCAUUGAUCACCUCUGCAACAGCAUUUGGGGAUGCAGGAAUGUUUGCAAAUAUGCAAAUUGGAAAAUGGUUGAAGUCGCAUGAUAAUGCCCUCAUUGAUGACAGCAUCAUCAAUAUCAUAGACGGAAAGGUAAAACAAGAAAUGUCACUCAAACUUCAGAAUGUGGAAUCCGGUGAAGUUGAUCUAGAGGUAGAGUGGUUGCCUUUAGAUCAAUAAAACCCUUGUACCUCUUCGUCUUUAAUGAGGUUUACUGCGAUUUUUUGUAAUAUAGCUCCGAGUGAUAUUUAGAACGAUUUUGUGUAUGUACUUGUAUUCUACGAGCCUUGCUUUGUUGUAUCUCAUUGUUGUACUUGUUUUGCAAUCCUUGUAUCUCAUUGUUAUCCGAUUUGUAAAAAAGUCAUCUCUUUUGUGGUUUAAUCCUCAUGUUGCCGAGUUUUUUUUUCUUUUUA